UUGCCACAGUAAACAUGCAGGCGGUGAGUCACAAGGUUUUUCUUCUCGUGACCUUGGUCUCGGCCGUGAUAAGUGUCCCCAGUAACUUCAACAAUGCGAGGUUUUUCGGCAACCAGCGCAACCAGGGACCAGUUCCCAUCUUGCGGGACAACCGCGAUGGUCCCAGCAACGGCGUCUACAACUUCGACUUCGCAUCCGCCGACGGAGUGCGGCGGUAUGAGCAGGGAACUCCAUCCGGUCCCAACGGAGCAGUCGUUCAGCAGGGCGGAUGGAGCGUGACCUACCCUGAUGGCACGGUCGGAGACUUCAGGUUUGUUGCCGACGAGUUCGGGUUUCGCGUAGAGUCCCCCUUGGUGCCCACCCCUCCUCCCAUGCCUCGCCACGCCAUCGAGCAGAUCGAGAGGGCAGCACGCGAGAGGGCGCAGGGCAUCGUGCAUGACGGCCAGUACGACCCUGUCAGGUACGGCGGCGGACAGUACGACCCUGUCAGGUACGGCGGCGGACAGUACGAUCCAGCCAGGUACGGCGGUGGACAGUCCGGACAUACACAAUUCCAGCAGUUUGGUAGCCAGGCUGGACGUCGGCCGUUCAGUGGACAGCUCGGAAGCUCGCAAUUCAGCGGCCAGCAUACAAGGCCGACAUUCGGAAGCCAGCUCGGGCGCCACCAAUUCAGUGGCAAGCUCGGAGGCCAACAAUUUGGUAACCAGCUCGGACGCCCGUUAUUCGGUAGCCAAAUUGGAUGAAAAGAAUUCGUACAGAAACACGAUGAUCAAGAUCUCGGUGUGCAGAUUGCGAGUCAAAAAUCGGAUGUCAUCUUGGAUUUCAACAGCUCAAGCACGGAAGAGGAGGGAGAAUGCAUCAGUGAUUCAUGUAGCAUUUUUAAAUAGCGUUCACUCGAUUGAACACGUAACGUUUAUAUGACCCGUAAAGGGAAAUAAUUAUAAUUUCAAAGAAUUAAUAAGUUUGGAUACAAAUAUUGAUCGACUGUAUUGCGUCUUAUCUAGUUUCACAUAAGUAGAUGUUACAAUUGCUGAUGUUCUUAGUAACAUUUCGUUAUUCUGAUAGCUGAUACGCUUUUAAUAUACUUGUAGAAUGAAUUAACUGGAACGUUGAAAUUUAUUAUUGUAUUUGUUUCUGAAGUUCUUCGCUUGUCUGUUCACUAAACUCCGAUAAAAAUAUAUAUGUGACAUUAUUUUGAGCAGCCUGUAAUAAAGAAAAGAAUAUUUGUUAACCAGAACAUAGAAGAACAAACUUGUCCUUACAUAUGAUCAGUCCGCCCUUCUUAUAUGAUACGAGUACUCGAACGAACUAAAUCUAAUUCCGAACGAUAUUGUUAUUAAAUAAAAUUUCAAUAAAUUAAAUCUUAUGACUUAGUGUAAAAUAUUCCAAAGGAAUAGUAGAAACGCUCUAGGUUAAUUAUUAUGAUGUGAGUAUCGCAUUUAUCGUAAUUUUCUACUAACGAAUACAAAUAGUGUUUUUCUAGAGCAAGCCGCUCCUGUACGGAUGUCUCCCGAAGUAAAGCAAUAACCAAG